CCAUAAGCGUAAUCUAAUUACGCGGCAUACGCGAAGUGACCGUCGACGAGCGACGAGGCACCGCUAGACUUGCGCGUACGUGCUUGGUCCACCUAGAGAAAUCAAUAUCACAGCCUGCAAUCCAGGUUCGCGCUACGGACCGCUUUGCACGACGGCACGCGCAACAGUUGCGUGGAGACGAGACACGAAGAAGAGAUACGAGUGACGGGUGCGUCAUCGGUGCGUGUCGAUAAGAAUUCACUCGAUAACAAUUGCAAAGUGCGUGCGAAAAUUUUACUCGAGCCGAUCAAUUUAUAUUCGGAUCGGUUGGUUCUCAAUUAAAAAAAAAAAAAACCAUGUAACUUUGAAUGCCGUCUGGCACAUCCCGCGUUGCCAUGGAAAUUCGCGAAUACGAUCGCACCGGUCCCGAAUUGAAGAUACUCAGAUAGAGAACGCGAUGCCGCACAGACUUUGCCAGGAUGACGGAAGAGAAACGACUGUCGUUGGGCAUCAACGUUAGCAUUCUGCUGAUAUUGACAAUAUUCGGCGUGCUUCUGUCUUUGCCUCUGCGAUUGUUGUUCGACACGAAUUAUUCCGACCAUAAUCGCGGAGAUGGUCUCGAUGACCCGGAAGAGAGAGGAAGAGAAGCCGCGAUACCGAUGGAUCAUCGAAAAUUAAAACGCUGUCCGAAUCUGCAGUACGAGGACCGCUUGAUGUCCGUCUUUAUGAGUGAUUACGAUGAAAAUUGCACGUACGUGCAAGACGACGACGAGUACGACGAUGACGAGGAUGACGACGAUGAUGACAGCGACUCUGAAGAGGACGAGGAUAGCAGAGAGGAUGAAGACGAGGAAGAAGAGAAGACGUACGGAGGGCCCAAGAGGAGCAUCGGCGAAGAAAUGAAAGAAAGCGCUGAAGAGAUCUUGAAGACGCGUCAGAUGAAGUCCGUCACGGUGGCAGGCCACAUACUCGUGACGAUGUUGCUCGUAUCAGUAAUAGCUGCCCUCGUUGAAGUACUUCGAAUACGCUUCGCCAGAGAAAAAGAUUCGUCUAGGGCAGGCACGAUUAUUUCUCGGAGAUGCUCCUCCAGCGUGGACAUACCCGCCACAAGACGUCCCAUUUCAAGAGAAUUAAUUAGAAGCCAAAAGUCUUUUGAGAUACCAGGAAUGCACCGUUCCGCAUUGCGUUUGUUAGGAGCGAGGCCGCCCCCGCUUAUCCGUCGCUUCUCGUUUCCAACGCCACAAGCGAAGCAAGCCGCUAUUUCGUCUCUUUGUGGUACACCAAGUAAAGGGUUGACACGGCGCCAAUCGGCUGAAUCGGACGAAGAAAUUGGAAUGGUUACCAACGCCCUUCAUCAUCGCACCCGUCUAAUCCGACGUCAUUAAGGCGGCAUAAAAAUAGUAAUAAUAUACCUGUCCAUCAAAUUCCACGUAUUCGCGUCGAUGACAACACUAACUGGAUACGCGCCGUUAACUAAACGGUUAUACGCAACGCGCAAUGAUCACGUCCAAUGACUCUUACUAUUCUCAUGCGACG